UAAUCUUUCUUUUUACUCAACUCAUCUAAUGUUGUCUGCUUCACUCGAUUGUUAUUGUUUUGAAUUUAUGAUUAACCGUCCCGUUACUUUUUCAGAUAAUUAAUUGUAACAUUAAAUGAGAUUUGUUAUUUUUUAGAACUUUACAAUGUCACCCCCAACGUGCAGCUGUCUAACUUAAAACUAUAUGACUGUAAUUGUAGUUUAAUUAGUUUUAAAUUUGCUUUUCAUCGUAUCUAACUUUGAUUGAUAUGUAAUCGUAUUAAUAAACUUAUUAGUUUAAAAUGAAAGGUAUAACAUUUUCAUUGCUAUCCGGUUUAUUGGCUGCUACAGCGUCUCUGUGUGGAAAACUUUCUAUGGCUGCUGAACAAACGUUGUCUUUGUGUGAACAGUUCAUGCAGCACUUUUAUCCUAUUUCAUCCCACAAAGAAUUAGACUACACAUAUUCUCCUUUUUGUCAAAAUACUCUGUUUUGGACAAGAGUGGGAUUUUUCAUUGCAAUGAUGCUGUCAAAUCUUCUCAUGUGGACUCUCUUCUCAAAAGCAUUAGUUGUGUGUUCCACAACAUUGGAAGCUACCGUCACCAAUACUGCGGCCAAUUUUUUCUUUACAGCUGUAUUUGGUCAAGUUUUUUUCCGAGAAUCUUUAUCUUUUCUUUGGUGGAUGGGAACCAUGUUGAUAAUUCUUGGACUUGUCAUUAUGCACAAGCACGAAGCAGAGUCUACAAAGUCGAAUUCUCUUGAUAAAAAACAGCAAUAAUUCAUCUCAACUCUACCAAAACUCACACAUUCCCGUAUCUUGCAAUACUUCAUUCAUGCAACUGGACAGUAUUCUUAUCAAUAAUUAUAUUGUUCGAGGUUGGUGGUUGAAGACGCUGAGCCGUCAUUGUAAUGAACUUGGGUUCGAUCCACAAUGGCGGCUUGAAAACCACCCAGCUUCCAUUCAAUGGGCACCAGUUUGUCUGGAAAAUGAAGGCGGCACUGUGCGCUAUGUUGACAAUUUUGCCUUGCCACCACCCUGCUGUGUAGUUAUGAAAUGUGGAACUUUAUAGCUCCAUGAUCCCGCUGGCUCACAACGGGCUGUUGUUGUAUGCUUUACUUUAAAAUAUAUUGUUUAAAAAAAAUAAACACUAUAAAUAAACUA